AUGUAUAGCAGCGUACCCAACGGUACAACAACGGAAUCAUUGCGGUCGUGCAGCUUAAGAGAUAAUAAUGAAGGUGCUAACAAAGACAACGAAAGAGCGGUUCAACCGCCUUUAGUGAGGAGAAGUAGUGAAAGUAGUAUUCAAAAUGACAAUGGAUUAAGCCGUGUUGUUACCACGGAACAUACUAUGAGUAGUAGCUCGCAAUCAUCCCUGUCACAACAUGAAAGUCAUAACAGUAUGGAAUGUACACCUUUGAAAAGUGAUCAAAGUGGAGAGGAUGAAACAGUUGUUAAUUCUGAUCAAGUGGAGGAGGAGAAUAUUCCUAAUGCAGCGACAUCCUCUUCACCAGUACGACACAGAGGAAAGGAAAAAGAGAGACGAGCCCAUGAGAAAGUAUCAUGGCGACAAUCUCAAGCAGGUGGUCCUACACUAAGAGAUGUUAGCCCUCAAAGGCAUCAAGAACAAGAACAGGCACACGGACACGAACAGGAAGAACAAGAAGAGCAUGAGAAAUCGGAAAAAUUGGAAAGUCUUGAUAUUGCCGGAUUUCCAACAGAUAAAUUGCUCGAGAUGUUAACGGCUUUACUCGACAAAAUUGUGAAAAGUAAUGACAAAUUAAUAGACACAAGUUUUUAUCAUCAACAGCAGGAAGAGCACGAUGGCAUUACUAACGACAGUUGUCUAAGAUCUGUCCUGAGCUUCCGCGGUAAACAUAUUCCUCAAAUUAGUCUCGAGCAUUAUUUCCAGAGAAUUCAAAAAUAUUGCCCCACUUCAAAUGACGUUUUCCUGUCGCUCCUCGUCUAUUUCGACAGGAUUUCAAGGAAAUGUAACAGCAGUAGUCGUCUUCAUCAUGAAAAUACUAGUGCCAAUGAUGCUGGUAAUAACAACAAUGGACAUGAUAACGUUAAACAGCAAGUGCAUAACAAUCAACAACCAAUACCAGCACCACAACAGCAGUUUGUCAUGGAUUCUCACAAUAUUCACAGAUUGAUCAUCGCAGGAACUACGGUAUCGACCAAAUUCUUCAGCGAUUUUUUUUAUUCUAAUUCCCGAUAUGCCCGUGUGGGGGGAAUAUCACUACAGGAACUGAACUACCUUGAACUACAAUUCCUUAUUCUAUGCGACUUUGAGCUUCUAAUUUCCGUCAAUGAAAUGCAAAGAUACGCGGAUCUACUUUAUAGAUUCUGGAACAAAAGCAAGCCCCAUGCUUCUGAAUGA